GGCAGAUCUCCAACAGCAGCAAGAGUGAGUUAAGGCUCUGCAGAUCAAAAUACGUCAAAGUAAAGGAAACCCAAAAGCUACUUAUCGUUUUCAAAGUGACCAUGCCUCGUCUUUCACUUCUCCUGUUUGUGAUUGUAAUUGGACUUCUCUGUCUGACAGCUGCAGAAGAGAGCCAAGCUGAAUCAAGGGAGAAGCGGGACAUGCCUAACUGGGCGCUGACCUCCUCAGACUUUUUUGGCUGGGUUGAGGAGCUACGUAAACAUGCUGGAUACGAAAAGAUUGAUGAGCUGGCCCGUACCUUCUGGGCUCAUUUUCCCUCAGCUAGUCAUUUGGGCUAUGAUCACGCUGAUCCUGAAGAAUAAAGACGUGGCCACAUUGACGUUCAGAGUACUGAUCAAGGUUUAAGUCAUACUAGCUAGUAUUGUAUAAAUAUGAUCUCACUGUUUGAAGAUGUUUGCUGGUAAACAUGGAUGAAAAUGAAAAUGUAUUGUGAAAGCUUCAUUGUUUAUCUUAUAAUAA